GAAAUUUCUACGGGCGUCGCAUUCAUGAUGCAUCAUCCUGAUCAUUCCUACAUUACUUGAAGCACCGAAGAAACAGAAAUAUGAAUGAAUACGAAAGAAAUGCAUCUCCAACGAACUGACCAGCUGAGAUAGGAGAAGAGCCUCUUGGAUCAUCCGCAAUGUUUGCUAAAUUAUUUCAGAAACACACACCAGAGCACCGUCCUCAGCAUAAUGUGGGACAGGGAAGUUUCACAUCAGCAGAUUUGGAUCCCAAAGUUGUUCUCCACUAUGGCGUCCCAUCAACUGCAUCUAUCCUGGCUUUUGAUCACACUCAACGUCUGUUGGCAAUAGGAACUCUAUGGAAGAUAAAGGUAAUUGGUGGUGACAACAUUGAAGGGAUUCUUUUCUCCCCAAAGCAUUCGUCAUUCAAAAAUUUAGAGUUCUUGCAAAAUCAAGGUUUCCUUGUCAGUGUCUCAGCUGACAAUGAAAUUCAGGUUUGGGAUUUGGAAAGCAGGCAUAUAGCUUCUGCUUUACAGUGGGAAUCUACUGUAACUGCUUUCUCUGUUAUUUAUGGCACUACUUACAUGUAUAUUGGAAGCGAGCAUGGGAUGGUAUAUGUCUUGAAGUUUGACGCUGAAAAUAGAAAACUAAUGAUCUUGCCUUACUAUGUUCCCACCAAUGUAAUUGCUGAAGCAACUGGGAUGUCACUUGAUUGUGUUUCGGUGGUCAGAGUUCUUCAUCAACCUGCUUCUGAGGGAAACAGACUGCUGAUUGCAUAUGAGAAUGGAGUGCUUGUGCUAUGGGAUGCUUCUGGAGAUAAAGUUGUUGUCAUCAGAGGACAUAGGGACCUUGAGUUAAAGGAUAAACAAAUGAUUACUCAUCCAAAUAAUUCUGAGGAUACGCUGUCAGAUAAUAAAUCAGAUCAUAAAGAAGAUAAGGAGAUAAGCUCUGUCUGUUGGGCAUCUAAUAAUGGAUCGGUUAUUGCUGUUGGUUACAUAGAUGGUGAUAUAAUGUUCUGGGACUUGUCAACUGCUGACUCUUCCACUGGUCAUCAAGCUAAAAAGAUGUCAAAUCAUGUUGUCAAGCUUCAAUUAUCAUCAGCAGAUAGAAGACUACCUGUCAUUGUUCUACAUUGGUGUGCAAAUAAAUCAAACAGUGAUACUGGGGGCCUUCUAUUUGUUUAUGGUGGCGAUGAAAUUGGGUCUCAAGAAGUUCUGACUGUUUUGAGUGUUGAUUGGUCUUCUGGGAUUGAAAGUCUCAAGUGCAGUGGCCGUAUUGAUGUUACGCUUAAUGGUUCUUUUGCUGAUAUGGUUUUAUUAUCAACUGAUUAUUGUUCAGACAGAGCUUGUAAUAUGUUAUAUGUAUUGACAAAUCCUGGACAGCUGCAUCUUUAUGACAAAGCUUGCUUGUGUUCCUUAAUGUCUCAACAAGAAAAAAAUUUAUCCGUUCCUUCAAUGGAAUAUCCCAUGGUCAUACCCACUCUUGAACCAUAUAUGACAACAGCAAAGCUUUGUGUGGUACAUGGAGAUGGGAAGUGUUAUCGGGCCUUGUCUGAGAUCCUAUUAGCUGCCAAGCAGAGCGCAGCGCAAGAUCAGACAAGUAGUGGCAUGAAGUGGCCUUUGACUGGUGGAGUUCCAGGUCAGCUUUUGAAAGAAGACCUUCACGCCCUUCAAAUGUACAUAGCAGGUUAUCAAGAUGGAUCUAUUCGGAUAUGGGAUGUGACCCAUCCUUCUUUGACAUUAGUGUACAAUAUGACAUCUGAGGUGAAUGGUAUUAAAAUUGAUAGUGCAAGUGCAGCAGUAUCAGCAUUGGACUUUUGCCCGGAUACUUUACGGUUGGCAGUUGGCAAUAAAUGUGGCCUGGUUCGUCUAUAUGGGCUAGUUGGGAGUUCAGAUGAAAUGAACGUCUACUUUGUGACAGAAAAUGAAAACAAAGUUCAAAAGACCCCUAAAGGGAAUGGACCUCAUUGUACUGGAGUAUUUUCCCUUCAAAGUUCUCCUGUAUGCAGCCUAAAGUUUGCAAACCUGGGGGCAAAGCUUGCCGUCGGAUAUGAAUGUGGAACAGUUGCUAUGUUUGAUAUCAUAGAACCAUCAGUUCUCUUUCUCACCAGUGAGGAAUCUAGUGUAUCUUCACCAAUAAUUUCUCUGAAUGUCAAAUUUUCAGAUGGUUGUUGCUUACCAAACAGUCCGCAGAAAUCUGCAACCAAUAUUUCUGACGGUCGUGGAAAAGGGCUGUUAGUUUCUGCAACAAGAGACGCAAAUGUUAUUGCCACAGAUACUGCAUCAGGGGAUAUGGUUUGCAAUGUGUCAAUAACCCCAAAGAAAGAAUCAAAUUUAAUCUCCAUGCAUAUUAUAGAUGGUACUUGUGAACCAUCAAGUGGAAAAGAUUUAUCCAACUCACCUCUGAAUGCUGAUUCUGGAUCUGAAUUUGGACAAGCUAAUGUUCAGUCCGAAAGUGCACCUGUUGAAGCUGAAGCUGUCACAACUGUAGAAAGUUCAUAUUUUGCUCAGAUGUUAUCUAACUCACUCAUUUUGCUUUGCUGUGAGAGUCAAUUGAGCAUACACUCUAUGAAAUCUGUGAUUGAGGGUAGCAGUAAGUACAUUCGGAGGGUGAACCUCGUAAACCGAUGUUGUUGGACAACUACAUUAAUGAAAGGUGGGAAAGAGUGUGGGUUGGUUGUGCUGUAUCAAACUGGAGACAUUGAAUUGAGGUCCAUACCAACUCUGGAAGUGGUGGGGGAAUGUUCUUUAAUAGCAAUUCUACGAUGGAGCUUGAAGACCAACAUGGAGAAGACAAUAUGUUCUUCCUCUAAUGGACAACUUAUUCUGGUCAACGGGAAUGAAACUGCUUUUGUAUCACUGUUGAAAUGUGAAUAUGAACUCUGGAUUCCUGAGUCAUUGCCUUGUCUACAUGAUAGGGUCCUUGCAGCGGCCGUGGAUGCUACAGCAAGCCUACCUACAAACCAGAAUGAAGAACAGGGGCGACAGUAUCCAGGUAUCUUGGUUAAUGUUGUCAAGAACCUAAAAGCGGGUAAAGUGGAGGAGGAAAAUCAAGCAAUUCAUCAUUAUAGUUCUGCAAAUUUAGAGAAACUUUUCUCCUGUCCCCCCUUCUUAAAGGCUUCCUCUGCCACAGCUGAUAAGCAAGAUCCAUUUGAGCUUGACAUAGAUCAAAUUCACAUUGACGAACCUUUAGUUGUCAACUAUCCUCAGAAAAGUGAUAUUGACAAGACAGAUAGAGGAAAAAGAACUGACAACAAAGGAAAAGGGGCAGACAAACAGAAAUUAUUUGAGGGUGCAAGCACUGAUACAAAACCGAGACAGAGAACAGCGGAGGAAAUCAAGGCCAAAUACAGAAACGCCGGGGAUGCCUCUGCAGCUGCUGCACUUGCGAAGGAUAAGCUUCUUGAACGCCAAGAAAAACUUCAGAUGCUCAGCCAACAUACUGAAGAACUGCAAAGUGGGGCGGAAGACUUCGCAUCAAUGGCAAAAGAACUUGCCAAGAGAAUGGAAAACCGUAAAUGGUGGCAGAUAUGACAAAAUGCACCGUCCUUCAUCUAAAUCAGGAUAUCUAGACUCUCAUAAAAGUUGAACUGGACUCACUGGGGUUCUUCGCAGGUAGCUAUUUUAAAUAAGGUUACUAAAACCUAAAUUUUAGGGCAUAGAUCUCUCAUCAUGCAAAGAAGUCAACCCUAUGUGAGUCAGCUUUCACCUGUUUAUGUUACAAAGGAGAAAUUUUUGUGUCCAUCCCAUGUACAGACGUGCGGUGGCCGUGACUUGAUCCGUAUAAUUUGACAUGC